AUGAAUGCUAUCCUGGACGAGGAAAGAGUUCCUCUCACCAACUGUAUGCGGACCUGUACGGUCGCCGUUGCCAAGAUUUCGUGCAACGGCUCCAAUGAUACUGCCAAGAAGUAUCGCGCCGAGAUUGAGCUCGUUACUCAGGCUGAGGGGACUGCUGAGGUCGUUGCCCUUCACCGCGACAUCCUUGACAACAGGGGCAAGCUCUCUCCGGACAUCAAGAAUGCGGACAGCGACGCUGGGAUCGCAUAUUCCAUUCUGAAGGCCGCCUACCCACAGCAUACUGAUAUGCAACUCAGAGAUGUCGAUCCUGUUGUUCUUGCCAAUUUUGUCAAGGUGCGAGAGGUGAUUGGCAAGACCAAGGUGAUUGAAGAAGCAGAGUGCGCUCCUUUUUACGCCGAAAUCUCGGCCUUCGUGGAAUCGGAGAAGAAGCGAAACAAAUCUCGCACGGAAGGCGAUGGUGCUGAACCUGAGGAGCUGGAGAUGGCCUACUGGCCCCUCAUCAGGGUCGUGCGGGUCUUCCUGAAGUCAGAGGUCGUUUCUACCGGAGUAGUCAUUGUGGAUUUGCCUGGAGGACGCGACUCGAAUGCUACUCGCGCGGCAGUCGCUCUCAAAUACGAUGGCGCGCACAACAACAUCACCUUCAUCUGUACCAAAGCAGACGACAUUUCCCUGGAUGAAGCGGCGCCGAGUCUUAGCAUUGUAGACCUCAUCGCGAAGGAGCAAGAGCGCAAAAUUGGAAUGGAGAGUGGAAUCGAGCGCAAGAGGGGCGAACUCAAAAGCCUUGAGCUCCAGAAAGCGAGCGCUCAGGAGAAGUACAGCAUCAUCGGCAAUGACUUUGAUACUUGGCAUGGACUUUACAGACAGGUUUCCAAAGGGCAUACGACCUUUGCUCCCAUGGAAUCUCCCCGCAAGAGGAAGCGUUCUCGGCCUCAGCGUGAGAAAGAGCCUGCAAUUGACAAGAAGGUGAAGAAAGAGCCUGGUCAAAGCGACACAGACGAAAGCAGUGAUGACUCGGAUCUCGAUGCUGUUGAGUCUGACGACGAUGACUUGGAGGGUCGCCCUGAGCCUUUUUCAAUCGAGGAGACGCGCAACAAGCUUGAAGAGCUGAAGGCGUCGAAGAAGGCUGCCAGGGAGGAGCGGAAGAAGAUUACUCGGCAGAUGACGCAGAUCAAGAAGAACAUCAGGGACCUCAGCAAGCAGCUUCGGCUGUUUGAUGAAGAGCUUCUCGCCGAACAGGAGGGAGAGAUGCGAACUCGCCAGCAGGUUGAGGUCGUGAGCCCCGAUUAUGAACAGAUUGGUAGAGAUUUACCAGUCUUCUGCAUCAGCAGUCGGGGCUACCAGCAGUUGAGAGGAAGGAUGAAGAAAGACCAUCGUGUUGUAGGCUUCACUUCUCUCGAUGAUACUGGGGUUCCUGGUCUUCGUGACUACACCCUCGAGCAGGCCGCGGCUAUCCAGGCUAGCCACUUUCGCCAUCAUCUCAGCGAGAUAUGCCGUCUUCUGGGGGCCCUCGACCUCUUUUUUGCAGGGGACGUCGCUAACCUCAAGCUCUCCGAAAAUGAGAAGAAGCAGGAGACUCAGAGCUUGGGAGUUGCUUUGACCAAGCUAGGAAAGGCCCUCGGUGAGGCUGUUACAAAGUGCAUGGAGGAUUGCAAGUCAGUCGUUAAGGUGAAGGUCCUGAAGAAGACCGGCAAGGGUGCCGUGAAAGCCUCUGACAAGGCCGUUACUACUGCCGAAGGCUGGGGUGCGAAGCACGAUGCCGGAGGUCUUCGCUAUGGAAUUUGUAAGGCUACUUGCCGUCGCUAUGGCGUAUUCAAAGGCGCAGCGGGUGCCCGUGACUUCAACGAGGAUCUUCUCAAGCCUAUGAAGAAUUAUACUGCCCAGGAGUGGGACUCGGCCUUCAAUGGCCGCUUGCCUGAGAAGAUUGCGACACUUGCCGCGUCUUCCAAGCAGCUGAUUAACUCGUUCCACGAGCGCAUGAAGGACAGACGGUUUCUUGUCGAGAACAACGAUUUAGUGAACGGCUUCCUCGUCGUGAUUCUGGCCGCACAGAAGGAGAAGCUCGCUCAUAUAGCUAAUGAGCACCAAAAGCUGGUCAAGACCGCACAAAAGGACGCCAAUCGUCUUUUCGGCCCUGUUGUUCAGCGAGCCAUGAAUGAAGCCUACCAAGGCUGCGUCGACCUGAGAGGUGAGCGUUGCGAAUUCUUGGAGGCAUACAGACAUCAAGCUAACCGAGCCAUGUUCAAAACCGCCGCCGGAGAUGUGGAGAAGGCCGCCAACACAAUGCUGAGCACCCUUGAAAAGACAAUCCGCGACGACACGAAUGGAGUUGUGAACGCCAUGCAGGAGGACUACAUUGGCCUGAUUGGAGAGGUGGCUACCACGGCUGACUUACGCGACCGAAAGAUCUUGAGCCCCGUGCUCCGUGACUUUUACAUGAAGCUGAAUGCCGCCCUGGAUCCUAUCGAGGAGGAAAUCGUCGUCCAUGAGCCCAUCGAUCUUGAGCUCGACAUGAGAGAUGGCAGUGACGACGAAUACCGGCCCGAUGAAGAUAUGAGUGAUUGA